CCUAAACCCUAAUUAGCUUCAGCUUUCGUCUGCCACAAACAGCUGCAAAAGAAAUACAAAACAAAAUAGAGCCAGAAAAUGGAGAUUUGUGAAGAAAUGGAAGUAGAAGGAGGGAAUUCAGUUCCUAAUUCCAAUACUUUCAAUCGUUUCGGUCUCAAAAACUCUAUCCAGACGAAUUUCGGCGACGAUUACGUUUUUCAAAUCGUUCCCAAGGAUGAUUGGACGGCCAUAGCGGUGUCCCUUUCGACAAACGCCGUGAAAUUGUACUCACCGCAAACUGGGCAGUACCUAGGGGAGUUUAAAGGUCAUUCUUCUGUGAUCAAUGAAAUUUCCUUUACUGGUCCAUCGACUUCGCAUAUAUUGUACUCUUCAUCUUCUGAUGGUACUAUCAGAGCUUGGGACACCCGGUCUUUCCAACAGGUUUUUUCUAUAAGCGCUGGUCCUUCACAAGAGGUGUUCAGCUUUUCAUUCGGCGGGGCUGACAACAAUCUUCUCACCGCAGGGUGUAACUCUCAGAUUUUCUUCUGGGAUUGGAGGACAAAGAAGCAGGUUGCUGUGUUGGAGGAAUCUCAUAUGGAUGAUGUUACUCAGGUAUGUUCAGAUUACUAGGAUUUUUCUGUUGUGUAGAAGCUUGGGAAAAGAAUUCUGUUUCUCUUGAUUAAUCUUCCAAGCACUCACUUUACGUGGACC